CCGCAGCGCAGGCGAGCAGCCCGCCGGCGGGACGCGGAGCCCGAGGGCAGCGGCGGCGCUGCUCUGGUGCCGCAGCCCCGCCGGCGCAGCGUGGUGAGGGGCCGGCGGUGCCGGGAGCGCCCUGGGGAGCGGCGAUGGCGCUACGGGCGCGGGCGCUGUACGACUUCAGGUCGGAGAACCCCGGUGAGAUCUCGCUGCGGGAGCACGAGGUGCUGAGCCUGUGCAGCGAGCAAGACAUCGAGGGAUGGCUGGAGGGUGUGAACAGCCGCGGGGACCGCGGGCUGUUCCCGGCCUCCUACGUGCAGGUGAUCCGCGCCCCCGCCGCGGAGCCGCCGCCGCCCGCCCGCUACGCGAACGUCCCCGUGGGCGGCUUCGAGCCGCUGCCGCCUCCCGCCUCCUUUAAGCCGGCGGCGCAGCAGCCCCCGCCCGAGCCCUUCCCGGCGCCCCCCGCCGGGUACCCCUUCCCGCCCUACGGCGGCUCCUACCAGCCCAGCCAGGGCAGCGAUGACGACUGGGACGACGACUGGGACGACAGCUCCACGGUGGCCGACGAGCCUGGCGCCCUGGGCAGCUCUUAUCCCGACUACGAGGCGGCGGGCGGUGCCCCGGGCCGGUACCGCCUGUCCACUCGCUCCGAGCCGUCCUUGGGCUCCCGGGGCGGGGGACACCCCCCGGGACACCCGCACCCGCCCGGCGGCGGCGGCGCCGCCAAGAGCUCGGCCACGGUGAGCCGGAACCUGAACCGCUUCUCCACCUUCGUCAAGUCUGGCGGGGAGGCCUUCGUGCUGGGCGAGGCGGCGGGCUUCGUGAAGGACGGGGACAAGCUGUGCGUGGUGCUGGGUCCGCGGGGUCCCGAGUGGCAGGAAAACCCCUACCCUUUCCAGUGCUCCAUCGAGGACCCCACCAAGCAGACCAAGUUCAAGGGCAUGAAGAGCUACAUCGCCUACAAGCUGGUGCCCAGCCACACUGGGCAGCAGGUGCACCGCCGCUACAAGCACUUUGACUGGCUCUAUGGGCGCCUCGCCGAGAAGUUCCCUGUCAUCUCUGUGCCCCACCUGCCAGAGAAGCAAGCCACUGGCCGCUUCGAGGAGGACUUCAUCUCCAAACGCCGCAAAGGCCUGGCCUGGUGGAUGGACCACAUGUGCAGCCACCCUGUGCUGGCUCAGUGCGAUGCCUUUCAGCACUUCCUCACCUGUCCCAGCACGGAUGAGAAGGCUUGGAAGCAAGGCAAACGCAAAGCUGAGAAGGAUGAAAUGGUGGGUGCCAACUUUUUUCUGACCAUCAGUGUCCCCACGGGCCCUGGCGCCAGCCUGGACUUGCAGGAGGUGGAAAGCCAGGUGGAUGGCUUCAAAGCUUUCACCAAGAAGAUGGAUGAGAGUGCCCUACAACUUAAUCACACGGCUAAUGAGUUUGCUCGCAAACAAGUCACUGGUUUCAAGAAGGAAUACCAGAAGGUGGGGCACUCCUUUAAGUGCCUCAGUCAGGCGUUUGAGCUGGACCAGCAGGCCUUUUCGGCUGGCCUCAACCAAGCCAUAGCCUUCACUGCAGAAGCCUAUGAUGCCAUCGGGGACCUCUUUGCAGAUCAGCCUCGUCAGGACCUAGAUCCUGUGAUGGAUUUGUUAGCACUCUAUCAGGGGCAUUUGGCCAACUUUCCAGACAUCAUCCAUGUCCAGAAAGGAGCCCUUACCAAAGUAAAGGAGAGUAAGCGGCACGUGGAAGAGGGGAAGAUGGAGCUCCAAAAAGCUGAGGGCAUUCAGGAACGCUGUAACAUUAUUUCCUUUGCAACCCUUGCAGAAAUUAAUCAUUUCCACAAAAUUCGUGUGAGGGACUUUAAAUCACAGAUGCAGCAUUUCUUGCAACAGCAAAUACUCUUUUUUCAAAAAGUGACACAAAAGCUAGAAGAAGCUCUUCACAAGUAUGACAGUGUUUAGUCUCUGAGUUGUGGACUUCCCUCAGCAUGACCGUGACCCAGGCAGCAGAGCAGAUGCUGCUGAAGAGCUAUUGCCAGUGGUAGAUGGCGGUACAAAGGAUGGGUUUGUGUUCACCUGGAACCCAGGUUGAAUCUCCAGUUAUGUAGAAAGGAAACAGUUAUAGCACUAUGUAGUAGAAACAGUACCACGAAUUGUAACUAAGUUAUACUGUAUAUGCCUACACUACCAUUGUAACUUUUCUGAAUAAUGAGUAUACUAUUUGCCUUAUUGCUUUUUGAAAUACAGUAUUUUAGUGCAUACUUUGUAGACCUCAAAACUCUUUGGGUCUUUAAGGAAGUUGGCUAGAUAAAAGCCUGCUUCAGAUGCCUUUUUACUUUCCUAGAUUUGGAUUUCCUAAAUUCAAACAAUUCUCUGUUUACAGACUCCUACUAGAGCAGCUAUGUGAUUCUGUGCCUUUAGACUCUAUUUUUCUUUUUCUAGUAAGUCACAUUUUUAUGAUUGAAUGAAUGAAUGGUUGAUGCCUAUGACAGAACUGAUUAUGAAACCUCACACUAACUGGAAAAAAAUCAGCUGCCAUCCAGUUUGCAUAGCAAGUACUGUCUUAUGACAAGUGUUGGCUCAAAAGGGAGAAUUUAAAUUUAUUCACACUUUCCCUGAAAAUGGAGACUACUUGUUACAUGUUCUAGGAUGUUAAGCACAUAUACAGCAUUACUGUGAGUGAAAAUUUGAAGAGCUAGCCUAAUAAAAAUUACAUAUAUCAAGGGGAUAUUUGUGCAAGCUAUAUGGCUGCAAUAUUUUUUUUUUUAAGUUUCAAAUGAUUUGCUCAUUGUUCGCUUGCUGAUUCAGUUUAACUUCAGACUUGCAUCUGCAUUGUCAGUUGUCUGAGUUGAAACUCCACUGUGAUUUGUUAGUUUACUAAGUUAAAAGUUUUCAGGGAUGUUCAGUAAUAUAAGUGAUCUGAAGUAAGUCUUGGCUGAACUGACUUGGAAAACAAGUGACAUUUUUAUGUUUGUAACACUCAAGAAUUAACAAUUGUCUUAAUUUUUGUAUAAAUAUUUUGACAAGCAGGGUGCAUUUAUAUAUGUAAACACUAUCUUUUAAAGAGUUUUAUGGCUUAUUUCGCUUGAAAUAGGUAUUUCUUAGGUAUUGGUUUCCUUCUUAUAGGUCAGUAUGAAAGAGGGUUUUUAUUUAUCCUAUUUUUUUUCUCCUAAACAAAAAUAACAAAACCUUUCAAGGAAGCAAAAUGUUUACUUUUUUGUUUUAAAUUGAAUUAAUCAAAGAUGGCUUAAACAAAUGAAAGCCUGGAAGAGGAAGUAGAGCAACAGUUACAUUUAAGUACAAAUCAUUCCUCAUCUAUGCAGCAGAAAUGUACAGAUCUUUCACUUGAUCUUGUGAGUUUCAAUAGUUUAACCCCACACCUUUGUUUCAGAGAAAUAAACGUACGUAAGAAUGUAGUUUUGGUUCUAAGAUUCAUCCCCAAAUCCUUGGAGAUGGCUGUUCUGUGCAAGUUGCAUUUGGCAUUGCUUCUAGUACAUACACAAAGCAGUAAAAUACAGAAUGCUGAAGAGGGAAAAAACAAUAUUUGUAAAAGAAAGGACAAUCAGUGAGGAAAGACUCCAUUUCCAGCUUAUUGGAACAGUGCUGCAAACAAUGUUGACCAUAAAAUAAGGACCAUAGUCAUAGGGCUGACUUGCUCUUCCUCACCUUCCUCAUGGUGUCUCGUUCUACAGUCAAAACUCACCACUUCCCCUUUCCCACCACUUCUUCCCAGCAGAACUUCUGCUUCCCCAUAUGCCGUGAUGGUGAGCUAGGUUUGAGCUGAGUUCCAUGGCUUACGUUUGCUUAAGCCAGAUACUGUUUUAUUAAAUGUCUUUACAUUGAUUAGAUCGGACUACAAUCAAAUUGAUUCUACAUGGAGGUUUAAGACCUGUUCACAAGUUGAUCUGGUCCAGUUGAGUAUUUUAGGAGAUUAGUAUUAAUGACGUGUAUAUGUCCAGGAGGAAAUAAAGCUGUGAUACGUAUUCAUACAACAUUAUCGGACAGGUACAAUUUUCCCUAAUAAACUGUUAUUGUCUUCACCUUA